AUGGCCACUCUUCGCACCGUGUUCAUCCUCGCCUUGGUCCUCGUCUCUCUCCCCGCACUCUAUGCCGCGUCCGCGCCAAUGCGGGGCGGCGUCGCUACUGCUGGAAGCGCAGGCGUGGACGCGGCGAGUUGGGGCCGCAAGCUGCUGGACCAGCAGGGCGGCGAGGAGGAGGAGGUGGGGGAGAUGACGGAGGACGGGCUGGACGAGGCGGUGCGGGUGCUGCUGAGCUGGAAGAAGUUCAAGAACGCGGUGAAUCAGGCGGCGAAGAGCGAGGCGGGGCAGAAGGCGGGAGGGUUGGUGAAGAAUGUGGUGAAGAAGGGCGGCAAGGAGGCGCUCACGGCUGCAGUCAACGCGUUCCGCAGCGGCAAGGGCGCCAAGGGUGCCCUGCAGGCGCACGCUCCUUGCUUGACGCACUUCUCAUGCAUGUUCUUUCCCCAAUACAUCCCUCUCAUGCCGUACUUGCCCUCACACCCUCUCUUCCCUCCCCCACAGCCCCUGCUAGUGAGCCACUGGAAGGGGGUAAUUCACCCUGUGGAAUCUCUUGCCACCCCUUUGCAUCCCUGCGUCCGUCCUUGCCCUUCCACACCCCAAGCAGCCCCUUUCAGUGAUGGUUGGGUUUCUGCAGGGCAACCCAGCAACCCAGUGAACCAUUGGAGCGGGGGAGUCAACCUUUUGGAAGACCCAUUCACCGCUCUGCACCCCUGCAUCCGUCCUCGCCUCUCCACAUUCCCAACAGCCGCUGCCAGUGAGGAUCUGGCUCCUGCAGGGCAACUGAGUGAGCCAUUGGGAGUCAACCUGUGGAUGGCUCCUGCUGUGAAGCAAGGGGACAUUCUCGUCGUCCAGUGGUUCACCGAGACGCACGACGUGCAGCGCUUCAAGAACAUAUUUGCCUCCAAGGCCUGCUCCUUCUUCAGCGCCAUGCCGCUCACAUCUGCCUCGCAGUUCGAAUCCAUCGCGGCAGUAACCAUGGCUACUCUUCGCACCGUGUUCAUUCUCGCAUUGGUCCUCGCAACACUUCCCGCACUCUACGCCGCGGCUGCGCCAAAGCAGCGGGGUGACGUUGCUGGGGGAAGCGCGGCCGUGGACGCGGCGAGUUGGGGCCGCAAGCUGCUGGAAGCGAGCGGCGGUAACCUGGACGUAGGUGGUGAGGAGGAGGAGGUGGGGGAGGCGACGGACGGGCUGGACGAGGCGGUGCGGGUGCUGCUGAGCUGGAAGAAGAUCAAGAACGCGGCGAAUCAGGCGGCGAAGAGCGAGGCGGGGCAGAAGGCGGGAGGGUUGGUGAAGAAUGUGGUGAAGAAGGGCGGCAAGGAGGCGCUUAUGGCUGCAGUCAACGCGUACCGCAGCGGCAAGGGCGCCAAGGGUGCCCUGCAGGCCGGCGCUGGCUCGUUCGUCAAGACCGCAAAAACGAUAAUUUAA